UAGCGAGAGAAAUGCGUCGUGCCACUAGGAGCCUCAAGGCUCUAAUGAAAUACCGUCUUGUACUUUUCCUUGUUUGGGUAUUCUUUUUCCACUCAUACUUUGGAAAAGAAAAUGGAAAAAUAAUUUUACAAGGAUCGGACGCAGUUUGGAAACCAGUGCUAAAAGCGAAAGACCAUUUUUUAGUUUACUCAGCAUAUCUUACCGAUUCUUCCCAAACUGUGCGCAUUAUUGGAGCUGCUAGAAUGAGGGAUGCGAUAAGAAUUGUAAAAGGAAAGCGACAGUUGUUGUAUAAUGCCAGGUGUCGCUUUUGGUACAAUGAAGAAGAUGAAAAGGCGAAUGAAUUGACUACGCUUGUCCCGGCUACACUCAAGCCGAUCAUGGAACACUGGGUCUUGAAUUACUCGGCUUACUUUGUGUUUUGCACGAUUCCAGACAAAGAAAAGAUUCCGAUCAGCGUGUCUGUGUACUCAGAAAAAGCCAUCCAGCAUUUUAUGACGAGCAAGAACGAAACAGAUUUGCCUGAGCCAGGAAACAGGCUUGGAAUUCAAAUGAAAAUAAGGACAAAUGAAACGAUCUCAAAUCCCACGCUGGCUGCAUGCGUGAAACCGCUGCAUUACAAUUACAGCAGGGUUUGGGAGUUGAUCGAAUGGAUCGAAUUGAACAAAAUUCUGGGAAUCAGUCACUUUUAUUUCUACGACCAUGAAGUCACCGAGAACACGAGUUGCGUGCUGAACGAAUACUCGAAAUUAGGAACAGUCACUGUUCUCGACUGGAAAAACCUACCAUUUAUAUCACAAAAGAACAUUCGCACAGAAAACAUGUUCGCCGCCUUGAACGAUUGUCUCUACAGAGGGAUGUACAAGCAUGCGUAUCUCACCAUGAUCGACACAGACGAGUUCAUCGUGCCGCGGGAAAAUGUUUCCUUGGUAGAAUUAAUGCGAUUAUCCGAGAAAGAGGAUCCUUUGCUCGCAGCUGCGGUGUUUUAUAACGCGUUUUAUUAUCUACAAUGGCCCAACAGUCCGAAUUACAAAGGACUCGACUUGGUGACGCAAAAGAAGACGAGGCGGAGAAUGGUUUUUACCCCUCAUCGAGGAAGGGCCAAAUACAUCUGUAAGCCAGAAAGAGUCGCUGAAGUCGGGAAUCACAGGCUGUGGGAAAUGUCCGACAAAAAAUUCAAACAUGUUUUAAUCAAAACAUCCUACGCUUUCUUGCACCAUUACCGCAAAUGCGAGACGGAUGAUGAUUCGUGCGCUAAAUUACCAUACAUUCAAGACAGUUACACGAACAAGUACAAAAGCCAAUUGGAAGAGAACGUUCUUUCUGUGCAGGAAACGAUUGGAAAGAAAUGCAAUCUCCGAUCAAUAAAGGAACUUGUUUAA